AUGCGCCUCCUGCUGCCUCCAUCGCAGCUACUGCUGCUUCUCGCGGUGCUCACAGCUUCCUCCGCCACCACCACAUUUCGACCAGAUUGGAACCGUCUGCGCGGCUUGGCCUGGGCCCGGGUAGAGACCUGUGGAGGAUGACAGCUGAACCGCAUGAAGGAGGUGAAGGCCUUUGUCACCCAGGAUAUCCCAUUCUACCACAACCUGGUGAUGAAACACCUCCCGGGGGCCGACCCCGAACUCGUGCUGCUGGACCAACGCUACAAGGAGCUAGAGCGCAUCCCACUCAGCGAUAUGACACGCGAGGAGAUCAACGCGCUAGUGCAGGAACUCGGCUUCUAUCGCAAGGCGGCGCCGGACGCGCCAGUGCCCCCUGAGUACCUGCAGGCGCCCGCUAGGCCAGACGAGAGCGCCACGGACCACACCUCCGACCUGUAG